AUGGAUUUUGAGUAUAUUGCCGAAGUGGAUGACGAUGAGCUUAAGGCAAUUGUGGCACAACAAUCGGUGAUUGGGGUACUGCGCAAUGUUGAUCUUGAGUUCUGUGAAAUUGGAUCGGGAAUUUAUAGAUCGCCGAUUGGAUCCUUGGAUGUUAAUUUUCACCAAGUCCUCAUUGUUGGAUAUGGAUUUGUUGAUCAAUAUGGUAAACCAUAUUGGAUCAUCCAGAAUUCUUACGGGGAAUCAUGGGGAGAAGGCGGUUUCGGAUACGUGUAUCGCCUAAUCAAAAGGGGUCGUGGAUCAGAGUUUCAUGCAGUGGCCUAUCCUACGAAGUGUGGCUAUCCAAGAAAAAAAGAUGGAGUAUAA